GCCCGGCAGUGCAUACUUGUUCGCCGCGGGUGACAGGUGGCACGAUGCCCCAAGAAAACUAAGUUGCGCUCGCGUAUUCCAUUCUUUUGUUUAUAACACUUGUUGUGCACAUGCAAUAACUAAGACUUUCUACAACUCGACUAAACUAUAAGUUUCUGUUAAGAUGUUAACUUAAAAGUGUUGUGAAAGUGCGAAAAGAAAAUACCGGCUCCUCCGUCCACAAGUACUUACAAUUCGUAUGCGAAAUUGUCAUAAACUAUGUUCGUAAUCCUGGUAUGGAGAGUGGCAUGUAACUGAGUUUCGGAUCUGAGACGAGACGUACUAGUAAGUGGCGUAAAGGAUUCGUCAAGAUGAUGGACUGCCUCUGUCCGACGCCACGCACACUAGCCUGCCGCGUGGUUCUUCUCGACGAGAGGGAACUGCUGCAUGAGAUACAGGAUAAUAACACUGGCCAAGCAUUGCUCGACGUGGUAUUCAGGCAUCUAGAUCUACUAGAGACGGCUUACUUCGGCCUCCGGUACGUGGACCAAGAUAACCAAACGCACUGGCUCGACGCUGGCAAACGUCUGCGACGUCAACUACGCGGCGCCGACACUCAUACAUUCUACUUUGGAGUGAAAUUCUAUGCUUCAGACCCCUGCAAGCUCUUAGAAGAGAUAACCCGGUACCAGCUAUUUCUCCAGUUAAAACAAGAUGUCUUGCGGGGUCGACUGCCCGUCAACUUUGACCUAGCUGCUGAACUUGCCGCCUACGUUUUACAAUCGGAGCUCGGCGAUUACGACCCUCGCCGUCAUAUGCCGGGAUACGUGUCUGAGUUCAGACUGCUGGCGCAUCAGACACCGGAACUGGAAUCGAGAGCAGCUGAUAUUCACAGAACGCUUACCGGUAUUUCACCAGCGCAAGCGGAACUUAGCUACUUAGACAAAGUGAAAUGGCUCGACAUGUAUGGCGUCGAUCUCCAUCCUGUCUUGGGCGAAGACAGCGUGGAGUACUUCUUGGGACUCGCGCCAAGUGGCCUGUUGCUGCUACGUGGAAAACAUACAGUCGCGACCUAUUACUGGCCGCGUGUCUCCAAGCUUUACUACAAAGGAAGAUACUUUAUGAUUCGUGUUGCCGAUAAAAACAACGACACGUCAACCUACGGUUUCGAGUCCCCGACGCGGGCAGCCUGCCGGCACUUGUGGCGUUGCUGCUCUGAUCACCACACGUUCUUCCGCAUGCAACAAACCUCGCCGGCAUCCGCUGAUAUUUUUGCGUUAGGUUCAAGACUAAGAAACAGCGGCCGGGGGUCCCGCCCGCGGCCGCCGCCCGCCUUCACCCGGACGCCCUCGCGGCGGAUGGCCCGUCCACACACCUCCUACUCUUCAUUACAUGACGUGCCAAAGUUAGAAGACUUGAGAAUAAAAGACUGCCCUCCUGAAAUGAAACAGCCUACCUCAGUACACCGACCUAAUUCAAUAAGUGGGGAAGCAGGUACAUGCGAGCAACCCGUUGGCCCUGGAGGAUCUCCACGAUCGACGCGAUCCGCUCCCACGCGGCGCGGCCUGUACUCCGCGUCUCCGACGGCAAAUAGACCGCCGCCUGUUCCGAGACACCGAUCCGCCUCCGUGGAUUCGCAGAGCUCAAACGAUUCACGAUCAAAUCGCAAGCACAGGCAUCGCUCCAGGCGGCAGCAGUCAGAUGCAGAAAGUGAACUGUCUAGGGGCUCAGGUCGUUCCGGACGGCGGCACCGCCGGCACCGCUCUAGACAUAAGCACGAGUCAGGGUCAGAGAAAGAUGACUCGCAACCGGACACAAAGGAGUACGAACUAGUCGAUUCCGAGUCACAAUGGAAGGAAGUAUUAAGGCAAACGACGGCUGGCGGGGGCGUGCAAGUAGCGAAUGUCCGACGUUCGCAAAUGGAACCAGAGACUGGAACGCAUCGAUCGUCCCAUAGACCCCGAAGACACAAAAAGCAUCGGUCACGGUCACGUUCACCGAACGAAAAAAAGUGGCUGCCAACUGAACUAAAGCAACACCUCGAAUUCUCUUUAGUGGAUACUACAGGAAUGACUGAGGAACAGCUUAAAGAAAUACCGUACACCGUUGUGCAGACCAGCCAUGCACGGCAUACCAAGCUCAGGACGACAUCAAAACAUAGACAGAAUGAUCACGGAUCACUUGCCAGACGGGAGAAGAGCUCUUCAUCGCACAAAAGUGACCAUGACAACCACAAUCAAGGAUCUCUCAGGUCUAACUCGAGCAUACUCAGCACGCACCGAACCAAUGAAAAACAUGGAAGGCGGGUUUACCCGAGCUUCGACGAGACCGUCGGGAGAACAGGCGACGAUUUCCUCACCAACAAUGGAUAUAAGAGCACAGUCACACCGGCGUUACACAACAACAACCCUUACAGUCCCGUGACAAAUAGUAAUAGUAACAGUUCGAGUGGGGAACUGAUAUCGGGCAGCGCGAGAGUGUCGCAUGAGCAUACAGAUUCUGGGUUGGGUGCUGAUCAGGAUUACGCCUAUUCUUCCGAGAGGUCGAGUGACAGCGCGAAGUGCGGCGCAGGUGGAACGCAAGCGCCAGUGAGUAGGCAGUGGAGGGUGGGCGGGGGUGCGGGGUGCGGCGCGGCGGGCGCGGCGGCGCUGGCGCGGCGGCCGCCCGCGGUGCCCGGCCGCCGCAUCACCGCCUCGGGCUCCCAGCGCUCGCUGCUGUCGGUGGCCAGCGACAGCGCGACCUCGCGCCGCCCGCGCGACGUCGCGCCCCGCUACUACCCGAGUCCCGCGGACAGUGGCUUUUCCCUUUUCAGACAUGCUAGCAACAACAACAUAAUGGUCGGCGAGAGCGGCUCGCUGGCACGGCGGUACGCGCGACCGACGCGGGAGUCGCGCGACUACAACGCGAACGUGGCCCGCACGCACGCGCGGCUCGCGCACCACGCGCACCACGCGCACUUGCGACACGACAACACCCUCGACAUUAUUCUAAAACCUCUCAUAGAAAGCACGCAGUUACAGAGCAACUAAGUUCAGCAAACAUACCUUCCAGCAGCGCGGAUUCCGUGUUUCACACGUCUAGUAACAGCGGCAAAACUCCAGGGGCGGCUGAGAUGAGCACCGAGCUAUAAAACAACCUAUUCUUUUAGAAAAUUGCCCUCGACGCUAACACCGCCUUAAUAAAGUUACUAUCUCCACUCUUUACAUCACUCCGUUUUGUAAAAAUAAUAUUGUCAUAAGUCUUAGUGCUGUAGCGUAAACAUGAAAUUGUAGCUACUUUUAUGUACAAAAAUAUAUUAUCUUACACGGAUACUAUACUUUACACAAAAUAAUAUAUUAUUAUACUGUACCUAUUGCAUUCAAAACAAGUAAAAAAAUUAAUUGUACAUAGAUUUUGUAAAAAAAUUAAACAGUUUAUAAUAUAUGAUAAGCAAUUCCAUAAUAUUUUUUUCAAGUGAAACCGUAUUUAAAGGACAUUUUGUACAAAAAUAGGCAAUGAAAAGAAAGAGCCAUUAAGGUUACCAAAUUACCGUCAUAAAUAUUAUAUGAACUUUUUGUUUUUCUUUUAUCAAAUGUUUUUCGAAUCGGUGAUGAAGCCUCGAGCUUACAUCCUGACGUUAAACUUUUUAAAAGAAAUGCGAAGUAAUUUCUUUCUCUGAGAAGCUUUGACUUAGCUUUUAUUAAAUGUAUUCUUUUACUUGUUCAUAAAAAAAUGCGACUGUUAAAACAGACUGUUUUUUAAAUUUUACAUAAACUUGCACAUUUUUUGCAAAUUAAGUUAAUUUUUAUUUUGAAAUAUUUUUGAUGUGUUAAUAUUAUAUCCAUGCCAAGUUGGCAUAACCUAAUGAUUAUUACUUUAAAUGUCCUUUCAUAUCCAAGAAUUUAAUUUUGUUACUAAAGCUGGGACCUCGUAAAAUAAUGUUUUUAUAAGAAUAAGCUGUUUUGCCUAAAGAUACUAAAUCAACGCUUUAUUUAUUCAAAUACUGAGGACGGGUAUUACUAGAUAUAUUUCCUUAACUAUACGGAAUCAUAAUUUUAUAACAAUAAGUAUCUCAUAAGAUAGUGCAUAGGAUGUAAAUGUAAAAGUUGUUAUGUAGUUUAGGUGUAAAACAACAUAUAAUACUCAUUGUACAUGACGUAAUGAUAAUCCACUGAAAUAAAUUUAUAUUUGUUUAUAAUAGGUAGUUAUCAUUUUGACAAAUCGUAAAGGCUCGCAGGUUAUGAUUGGCCGAAUUAGUUUUUAACUAUAACAGUAUAAAGCUAUUCAGAAUCUUUGCUGAGGAAAAUUUUCGAGUCUUUUCAAAAAAUCUUUAGAUGCAAAUCGGCCAAUCUCAAAUUGGGUAAUUAUGCGUAGUCUACACGUCUUACAUACUUACGUCGCGUUGGUGGCGAUUACUUUGUGAUCGACCUGAAGAUUGAUUUUUUUUUCAGAAAAUUGUACCUAUAGACUAUUUUUAACAUGUACUAGGUAUAUCUAUCGUAAGAUAAAGAAAUAAUAUUAAAGUCAGUCAAUUUAUACAUUGAAAAGACUGAUGAAUGCAUUUUCCCAAGCUCUACAAUAACCCGAUAACUUACAACUAUUUGCAACACAUGUAUUUUUCCAGAAUUAUUGUUCUUCUUGUUUAUAAUAAAAACUAAUAAGUAUUUGAAA